CUCAUCCUCUCGCACACUACAGACACAGAGCGGUGUUGUCUUCAGCUCGCCGUGAGUGGACUGUUACCGAGGGAGGGACACGCAGAUGCUCCUUCAUGAGGAGUAAAGCAAUACAUCAGCGACUCCAGCGCGGUGCCAAAUGUUUCUAAUUCGGUUUCUGCGACCGUUUCCCGCAGGAUGCCGUUUGGGAAAAAAUGCGCAUAUGAAAUAAACGUGGGUGGGAUCCCUUCUGCGUUGGCCACUGGAUCUAUGAAACUGCGAGCUGCAUUUGGAGAAAUGCUGGAAAAUAUAUCUGUAUUCUGAGCAAACUGGAUGGGCUUUUCUGAGGGAAAUAGCGCCGGUGUGAAUGGACGCUUUGUCCUUUGCGUCUUUUUUCAUGCCCUUGUUCUUUAUCCGAGGGGAUUGUAAACGCAUUUCUCAUCAGUUGAUCUAAUUUUCGUGUUUAUGUACUAAAUACGACGAUAUCGUACUGUUUUUACCUCAGUCGAUGUAGUUAUAUGGCGUGUUUCCUCUGAGGCGAUCCGACGUGAGGUGAAAAGUCUGACUGGACCUCCUUCAGAAGUAAACCAUCAACAUUUAUGGAUUGUUCGAGAAUUCCUCAUUCCAACGGUGUUGUGGAAGGCUAAAAAUUCAUGGAUUAAAUGGCCUUUAUUAAUCAUCUGUGCUGAAACCGAAAGUCUGUUGUGGGAUUUCAAAGAUCGUUUGAAUCGAGGGAGCCGUUUGGAUUGAAGAACCGUUAAGAAUCGCCGUUAAGAUUUUCGCGCCGCUUUCUGCAUUCAGAUGAGAUUUCCUGGUCUAUAUUCAUACAUUUAUCGUUUUAUAUGUAUUAUAGAAUACAUUUAUCCGGGUGAGCAUAUUGUUACGAGACUCUGGACCCAGAGGAGGUGAUUUAGACAUCAUCUAUCAGAAGAUCUCGGACAUUUCUGUGCUGCUCUGAACUUGAGAGGCGUUUGGAUGCUCCAGGACGGAGGUGGCAUCACUGCAGUUUCCCAGAAGCCCUUGAAAAGACAAGCAAUGCCUUUUUGAGAUGACUGACACUGGAACAAACUUCAUAUCUGGACCAGGAAGCUGAUGAAUUAUGGAGAGGCUGGUGUUUUAUGUGCUAGUGUUCGGCGCGCUGGUGAAGGCUCAGCAUUGCCCGGGUCGCUGCAUCUGUCAGACCAUCUCACCCACGCUCACGCUCCUCUGCGCCAAGACCGGACUGCUGUUCGUGCCGCCGACCAUCGACCGCAAGACCGUGGAGCUCCGGCUGACCGACAACUUCAUCACGGCUGUCCGCAGAAAAGACUUUCUGAACAUGACGAGCCUGGUGCAUCUCACGCUGUCACGCAACACCAUCAGCCAGAUUGCUCCCCACGCCUUUGUGGGUUUAAAAUCCCUCAGAGCGUUGCACAUGGAUGGAAACCGGCUGACUGUCAUCAACAGCGACCAGCUGAAGGGUUUGAUCAACCUGAGACACCUUAUACUGGGCAAUAAUCAGAUUCACCACGUCGAGCUGUCCUCCUUUGACGAGUUUGUGUCCACCAUCGAGGACUUGGAUUUGUCCUACAAUAACCUGAGGACGUUACCGUGGGAGGCGAUCGCCAGGAUGACCAACAUCAACACUUUAACGCUGGACCACAAUCUCAUCGACCACAUCGACGUCGGGACCUUCACGCUCCUCACCAAGCUGGUGCGGCUGGAUAUGACGUCGAACCGUCUGCAGACGCUGCCUCCGGACACGCUGUUCCAGCACGCGCAAGUGCUGUCGGACCCCAAGACGUCCAGCUCCUCCAAGCUGACCGUGAGUUUCGGUGGAAACCCUCUCCACUGUAACUGCGAGUUGCUCUGGCUGCGUCGCCUGACGAGGGAGGAUGAUCUGGAGACCUGCGCUUCUCCAGAGCACCUGAUGGACAAGUAUUUCUGGUCCAUCCAGGAGGAAGAGUUCAUCUGCGAGCCGCCGCUCAUCACCAAGCACCAGGUCACCAAGCCCUACGUCAUGGAGGGACAGGGUGUCACCCUGAAGUGCAAGGCAAUGGGCGACCCCGAUCCCGCCAUACACUGGCGCUUUCCCGACGGCAAGUUAGUGCACAACAAUUCCCGCACCAUCCUGUACGACAACGGCACUCUGGACAUCCUGAUCACCACUCUGAAGGACAGCGGCGCCUUCAACUGCGUCGCCUCCAAUGCGGCCGGAAUCGCCACAGCUGCCGUUGAGGUUAACAUGAUCCCGCUGCCACUAUUUGUCAACAACACGGGUCACAUGAGGGAGGCGGAUCCGGGGCUUUCUGACAUCACCACAUCCACCAAAUCCGGCAGCAACGACACCAAGCCGCAGAACAAGAGGGUGGUGGUUGAAAACCUGACCGCCAACUCCGCCGUGAUCCACUGGCCCUCCGAACGCCAUAUUCCCGGGAUCCGGAUGUAUCAGAUCCAGUACAACAGCACCGUAGACGACACCCUGGUGUACAGGAUGAUUCCCUCGGCGAGUAAGACGUUUAAGAUAAACGAUCUGGCGGCGGGUCGAGAGUACGAGCUGUGCGUGUUGGCCGUGUACGACGACGGCAUCACGUCUCUGACGGCCACACGUGUGGUGGGCUGCGUUCAGUUCCACACGGUGGUGGAGGCGGGUCAGUGCCGCUUCAUCCCCAGUCAGUUUCUAGGCGGGACCAUGAUCAUCAUCAUCGGCGGGAUCAUCGUGGCGUCCGUCCUCGUCUUCAUCAUCAUCCUCAUGAUCCGAUACAAGGCUUACAGCGGGGCCGAUGCGGCAAAGACAAAAGCACAAGGAGACGCUUCUGUGCACGUGCAUUCACAGACGAACGGAAGCAGACCGGGACGUUCUGGCUCGAAGCAGCUGGCACAGCACAACGAAGAGCGUCCCGAGUCGCCCGCCGGGAAGGACUGCAAGGCGCUGGUGCUCCUGAAGAUGGACGAGACUCAGGAGGAGCUGAAGGUCGAGCUGCCGCCGCUCUGCUCUGAGAAAGCGCCACCUGUCCCGGCGGGCCAGUCUGUGGGCCGCCCUCCUGACGACACGCAGACUGACAGCAGCCUCACGGGCUCCACCAUGUCCCUGUGCCUGAUCGGGCCCGGCGCCGGCCCGACUGAACCCCCGCGGAAGGGGGCGCUGGCAAACAUGGGACUCCUGCCCAGCGAACUGGCCCGGACUCGGCACCGCUUCUCCUUCGACGGAGACUAUGCUCUAUUCCAGAGCCACAGUUACCCACGACGGGCUCGAACCCGCCGACACAAAUCCACCACCCAGCUGAACACGGACGUGUCGCCACCCUGCAGUCGGAGGGUGACGUUCAGCAGCACAGAGUGGAUGUUGGAGAGUACGGUGUGACGGACUAAACUACACGCAUGUGCAGACAUUAACAGCAUGUCUACACACACGUUUGGACAUGUCUACCUAUUAACAUUGUUGCAGUAACACACAGUCUGAAACUCGACACGGGAGCUCUGCUCCGAAACCUAGUGAGCCUGAAAGAAAUUUAGAGGAAGCAUUAAAUUGAUCAAAAGUGACAGUAAAACAUUUAUAAUGUUACAAAAGAUUCCUCUUCUUUUGAACAUUCUGUUCAUCAAAGAAUCCUGAAAAAUAAAAUAUAUCACAGUUUCCAAAAAAAUCUGAUACAUUGAUAAUAAUCAUAAAUGUUUCUUGAGCAGCAAAUCAGCAUAUUAGAAUGAUUUCUGAAGGAUCAUGUGACACUGAAGACUGAAAAUUCAGCUUUGAUCACAGGAAUGAUCAUUUUACUAUAUAUUCACAUAGAAAACAGCUGUUUUAAAUUGUAAUAAUAUGUCACAAUUUUUACUGUAUUUUUGAUCAAAUAAAUGCAGCCGUGGUGAGCAGAAGAGACUCUUUUAUAAGCAUAAAAAAUCGUACAGACCCCAAACUUUUGAAAGCUAGUUUAUUUAUAUUUAUUAUUCCAGUGGUUCUCAAGUGGUUUUACAUUAAAAGUGGUGACACAGGAUUUUAUUUUAUUUUUUUAUGUUUAUGUACCACUCAUACAAAAUUGUGAUUUUUAAUUCUUUCAUGGUCUUGGCACCAAUAAUUCACUACUAAUAUAUUUAAUGUCUGGGUUGUAUUUUCUUAUGCAUAUUUUCUUAUGUAUUUUCUAUUUCUAUUUCCGUUAUGCAGUGUUGUUCAGAUAUGUCAAAAUGCAGUUAUUAGUGGUGCUUGCAAAGCAAAGCACACUAUUACUAUCUUGCAUUCUUAUUAUUAUGAUUGAGGAGAGGUGUGCUAUGACUUUUAUAAGUGAUCGGGCGUACGAUGUUUGCACAGCGGGAGCGAAAAAACAGGCAAAAAAUCCCAUAGACUUUUACAUUGGACAGAAUUUUGUGACGUCAUAUCUCCACGUAAGAAUGCUGUAGAGACUUAAGGGUGGGCUCAUUUGACUCAGUCGGGAAAGCAGCCAACAAAUAGUGACAUUUAAACUUCAUAGCCAUAGCCACCAGUUGCAGCACCCUAACAACCACCUCAUAGACUUCCACUGAAAAAAGGUGUGAGGGAUAUCUCUGGAUCAGAACAAGAGACAAGUGGGUGGCCUCUUUUGACUCAGAUAGGCAAGUAGUCUUUAAAGUAGUCUGUCUUAAAGGGUUAGUUCACCCAAAAAUGAAAUGUCUGUCAUUAAGUACUCACCCUCAUGUUGUUCCAAACCAUCUUCAGAACACAAAUUAAGAUAUUUUUGAUGAAAUCCAAGAGGAUUUUUUUAUCCCCAAUGGAAAGCAACGAAAUUACCACAUUCAAGGUGCAGAAAGGUACUAAGGACAUUGUUAAAAUAGUCAACAUGACUGCAGUGGUUCAACCUUAAUAUUAUGAAGUGACGAGAAUACUUUUUGUACGCAAAAACAAAACAAAAAGAAUGAUUUUAUUCAACAAUUUAUUCUCUACCCUGUAAGACUCAUCCGCAGUUGACGCAGUGAAAGCAGUUCAGCGCUUCCGUGUUUACGUCCGAAUGCCGGCUCAGUAUUGGCCGGCUCCUGUGUCAGCAUCACACACAUGCGUCGUGGUGCUCACAUGUACAGUGUAAUCAUGUUAGCAUUGCCUAGCUACAUGUUAAAACAUGCUAAGAACAUGCUAAAAACAUGCUAACACAUGCUAGCAACAUCCAGUGAAGCUAGCAUCAUGCUAAUGACAUGAUAACAUAAUGUUAAACUUAUUAGUAUCUUAUUAAAAAAGGUAUGACAUUAGCAUCAUGUUUGCAACAUGUUAAGUCAUGUUAGCUUUGCCUAGCUACCUGCUAAGAACAUGGUAAAACAUGCUAACACAUGCUAGCAACACUUAGUGAAGCAUUAAAAAUGCUAAUGACAUGUUAACUGUUAAACUUAUUAGCAUACUGUUAAAAAAGAUUAACAAACAUGUAAACAUCAUGUUAAUUGUGUUAGCAUUGACUAACUACAUGCUAAAACAUGUUAAUGCAUGUUAUCAACAUCAAAUGAAGCGUUAAAACAUGCUAGCAUCAUGCUAAUGACAUGUUAACUGUGUUAACAUAAUGUUAAACUUAUUAGCCUCUUGCUGAAAAGGUUAGAAACAUGUAAAUCGUGUUAGCAUCAUGCUUACAACAUGCUAAUUGUGUUAACUUGAUGCAAGCAACAUGCUAAAUAUGUUAGCAUUUUGCUAAAAACAAAUGAAUCAUGCUAAUCAUGUUAGCAUCAUGAUAAAACAACACCCAUAUCCCUCUCAGAAUAUCAUAGAGACAUGGGGGUGAGCUUUUUUGACUCGAGGCAGUGUGGGGGUCAGUGUAGUUGUGCACGGCAAGCACCACCCACAUUUUCUUCAGAAAAUGUACAUGUCUAGUUGUUAUUAUAGAUUUCAUUAAUAUUUUAAAUUAGCUAUUAUUUUUAUAUUUUCAUUUUUUUUAUUAAAAAAAUUAAAUUCUCAUUAAAUUUAUCUGUUUUGCUUUUGUCAUUUUUAUGAGUUUUUAAAAAAUAUCUCUGAACAUUUUUCAAUAGCUUUUUAUUUCAACUGUAGUUGAACUUAUUUUAGGAGCCUUUUUUUUGUUUUGUUUUGUUUUAAGCUUUCCAUCCAAUAUUUUAUUUUAUUUCAGCUUUAUAUUAAUUAACAAAAAUGUUUGAGAACCACUGUGUUGUUAACUUGCAACAUACUAAUGUUGAAAUUAGUUUGCAAUCUGUUUGAUGAGUCUGUGAGCAGUGUUAUACAACUCCCUAUGUAGACAGCUCACUAGGGUUUGGAACAGAGCUCGUGUCCAGUGUCAUAUUUGAGAGCACAGUCUGACCUUGUCCUGCCUCCUCCUGCGGUCCUAAAGAGAGUCGGUUACCAUGCCCUUUUCCGUAACGCAGCGGUGCCUUAUCUAACAGACCGACCAUCGGAGGAUGCUGCUAGCUGUGGUCACAAACACACGUCCCGUCCUGCUAGGGAAAUGUUGCAAUCUGUCUCUUUUGUUAGUCUUUUUGUUUACUAUGUGAUGCCAAGGGUGGAGAAGGAGGAAGUGACUGAAUUUGUCCCAAAAAAAAGCGGUGAUGAUACACUCGUGAACAUCCAGGUGAGCGCUGUGUGUGAAUGUGUAUGUCCAAUACUUUUCAAAGACUUUUGCACAGAAGACACGAGAUAUAUACGGAUACGUAUCGCACCAGUCUAUACAACAAUAACAAAUAAAAAAAAUAGAUCUAUACAAAUAACGUUUGCUCUUUCAGGAAGAACGGACCGGAUUUUCUAUAAGGACGAUUCGCAGCAGGAUGGACUGUUUCUAAACCGGUCUUGUGCUGAUGUGACUGUAUCCUAAAAAUCGGUUUUGUAUCUGGCUGGUCUAGAUAAAAAAUAAUAACAAUUACAAAAAAAAAGGAAACUAAGAAAAAGACAUGACCAAUAACGACAAAUACAUAUAUAAGUAUAUUAAAAUCUCUCGGUGUAUGUGUUCUAAAUAUGUAAGUCAUAAGUGACAUGGCUUUUUACGAAACAUUUGGCGUGUUGGCGUACGGUUUUUACAUUAAAAACCACUGUCAUCACGGAUCCCCACGUUUAGCAUAUUAAAGUUUGGAGCAUUUAUGCCUCAUGAAAGGGGAUUAAAUUUUUUGUGUGGGUUGACUGUA